UGUGUGUGUGUGUGUGUGUGUGUGUGUGUGUGUGUGUGUGUGUGUGUGUGUGUGUGUGUGCGUGUGUGUGUGUGUGUGUGUGUGUGUGUGUGUGCGCGCGUGCGUGUAUAUAUGUGUAUAUAUAUAUGUACAAGCCCAAUGUAAAUGUAGAUGGGUUGGUCAGCAAAUUUGCAGAUACCACCUAGAUUGCUGGAGUUGCAAACUUUGAGGAAGGCUGUCAAAGUAUACAGAUACAGAUCAGCAAUGGGUGGAGAAAUGUGAGAUGAAAUUUAAUACCAGCAAAUGUGAGGUGGUGCACUUUGGGAGGUCAAAUGCAAUGGGAAAAUAUAAAAUUAAUGGAAAGACAUUUAACUGUAUUGAUGUAUGGAGGAACCAUUGUAGGUAACAACACAAGAUAUAGUGGUGAAUAAGCCACUUCAUUGUUCGGGGUGUGGAGUAAUAGUGUCAGAAAGUUAUGAAGCAGCUUUAUAGGCCGCAUUUGGAGGAAUAAUUGCCCCCAGUGUGAGAAGGAUGUACAGGCUUUGGACGAGGCGAGGACGAGGUUUACCAGAUCCCAUUGAUUAUUGGAGCCCCUCCGCUGGGUCCCCCCCUUUGUUCUCGACGGUCCACGUCACACUAAGUUCCCUCCUCACUCUUGGUAACGCGUGUUCCAUCGACACCGGUGGCUCAGGUCCAAGUUCGGUGGAGAGCCAGGUCGACCGGUGGGUCAUCCAUUCUUGGUCUGCGGCGGGUGAUUCUCGUCCUCUGACUGCGGUGAGCAUGAACUCAGUCCACGGUUGGCAUCUCCUCCAAUGUCGUGCUGUGUCCUGUAUCUCUGUGAUAAUUUCUAAACUCGUUAUUCAUGCCUGGUUUCCAGGGUCUGAGCAGUGGGGGACAACUCCAUCAAUGGGUGGGCCUGGGGACGCCUGUCAAAGCCAUUCUGUAAGUGCAGCGGUCACUAAACAUAAGUUCAUAAGUCACAGGAGCAAAUGGGCCAUUCGGCCCAUCGAGCCAACUCCACCAUUCAAUCAUAGCUGAUCUAUCUUUCCCUUUCAACCCCAUUCUCCUGCCUUAUCCCCAUAACCCCAGACACACGUACUAAUCAAGAAUCUGUCAAUCUCCAGGAUAGAAUGUACAGAAGACUAGGAGAGGCCCUGGCCUGACCCAGGACACUGCGCUGGGAGCCGGCUUCCAUAGGGAGACUGUACCUGGGACAACUCUGGAGGGACAGUGUGGUCCAAGCGCAGACAGCAGCAGUUUUGGGACAGGGGAAGAUCAGCCCCACUGUCCAGCAGCAGUUGGAAUCUCUUGAGAGCUACCGGGCCGGUGGAGAGAUAUCAUUAACUAUUCUCUUUUCCAGACGUGGAGAGUGGGAAACUGACGGGAUAUGUGGGAUCGAACAACGAUGGGGAAAUCGUACUUCUUCCUGUCACUUCUCCAAGCUGCAGUGUCGAUGGAGUGGACUAUCAACGUUCCAUCAGAGGUGACAGCACAGAGGGGUCUGUGUGCCCGGAUUCCGUGUCAUUACAGGUACCCGGCCCGUCUGAACAAAAUACCACCGGUUGGAAUCUGGAUUAACGGUGAGAACGGGAACUAUCAGUCUAUCGCUUUCCACUCCGGGGAUCACAGUAAAGAAUCACCAAGCUUUUACCGUCGGACCCGGCUGUCUGGAGACCUGAGAGACGGCAACUGUCCCCUGGUUAUAGACAGCAUCACACAGGAAGAUGAAGGACCUUAUUAUUUUAGAACUGAAUUUAACUACAAAGAUAGUUUCAGUUUCUUCCCUGCAACACGGCUCCGUGUUUCUGAUUUCACAGAUAAACCCUCAAUAUUCCCUGUUGAAACGGUGGAAGGAAAGACUGUGAAUGUAACCUGCACCUUCAACACCACAUGUGAUGGAACAGCUUCCACCUUAACCUGGGUCACCCCCAUUGAUGAACCACUGUCAGUCUCACACAGUGUAACUCAGUGGGGUGACAAACUGACAUAUACUUCUGUUGUGUCCCUGACCCCAGCGCUCAAACAUCACAGGCAAAACCUCACCUGCAGAUUCAGAUACCGAACUGUUUCAUCGGAGCAGACCCUCACACUGACUGUUCAAUAUUCCCCACAGAAUCUCUCAAUCACUUCUUCCGAUAAGGUGAACAAAUCCUGGGUCAGUAUAAAGGAAGGGAACUCUACAGCGAUCCUCUGCUCCGUCCAGAGUUUCCCAGCGUCUAACCUGACAUGGAGACAUCUUGGUGUUACACUGAACAAAACAAGUUCCAACAACGAGCUGUGGUUGGAGUUCCCUCAGGUGACACCACACCUCACUGGGGUCUAUCAGUGUGUGGCGGAGAAUAAACAUGGGACAGCGGAAAGGACCGUGACCCUCGCCAUAGAACUUCCUGCAACAGAUGGGCAGAGGUUACCAGUCAUCCCAUUGGCUGCUGCAGCAGGGGUCGUGUUCCUGAUCAUCCUAUCGACUGUGAUUUGCUGCAUUCUCAAAUCGCGAUGGAGAACAGACAGACCACAAGUGGAUGCAUCGAGAACGGUGACAAGAGAGGAAUCUGGAACAGUGCAGAUGAGAGAGAGACAGAUGCAGGAGGAACGUUAUGAAAUGCACCACACGCAGUCGGAAACAGCCCAGGAUAAAGGUCAGAUGGACACCAAAACCACGAUGAACAUGAAUCAACUUCAAGAAGAUAUUUAUGCAAACUGCCUGGUGGAGGAUCCCAUAUAUGCAAAUGUAUAAUUGGAUCAGGAACAGGAAACGCAUGCUCUGGGAAUGGCACAGGAAAGGACUGCUUGGAAUUCCAACAUCGUCAGAGAAACCACACGAAUUAGCGGCACAAAUCAAUCCCCAGAAUCUCUAUACACUCAUCUCCCAUUCCUGUGUCCCAUUUUUCCCUUUUAUCCUCUCUUGCCUCUCUCUCCCUGUCCUCUUCCACACAUAUCCCUCCCUCUGGCUUGACAUUUCACUUCUCCUCCUCUCCUUAUCUGGCACCCUUUAAUUUCACCCUCAGCCUUUGUGACUUAGUUCACCCAUCUGCCAAUCACCACCCUCCCCUGUGCCCUAUCCCUUGUCCCAACCCACCUUUCUUAUUCCCGCCGAAUCCAUCAGUCUGAAGAAGGGUCCCAGCCCAAAACAUUGACUGUCCAUUCCCUCCAGAGAUGCUGUCUGACCCGCUGAGCUACUUCAGCAUAUUUUUAUUGCUUCAGUCUCCAGCAUCUUUGGUCUCUUGUGUCUUCAUUACAAAAUGAAACUCCAUCUUGUGCAUAUAUAAUGAUUUCAGCUCAACUGUCUUCUGUGGUAGACCACAUCAUAGGCUCAGCAAUCGUUUGGUGAAGAAAUGUCCCUACACCAUAGUCUGAAAUGGCCUAUCCUGUAUCCUGAGACUAUGACUCCUGGUUCUGGACAGCCCACCAUCAGAAACGUCCUUCCUGCAUCUGAUCUGUACAAUAUCAUUGGAAUUUUAUAGUUUCAAUUAGGUUCUCUCUCGUUCUUCUAAAUUCCAGCGAAUAUAAACCUAUUCUCUCUUCAAUUAUCAUUUUUAUUACAAAUUGUUAACAGCAAAGCACUUUAAUUAAUUAUCUGGACAAAUAAAUCUAUAUACGAAUGUUUGUGUGCUCUCUUGAUCUCCUACAUUGAAGCAAAAAUGGUCCAUGGUAGUGCAAGAGGUGGUCCAUAGAAUUCCAUUGCUGAGGUAGGAUUAGGGUCAGCUCAAGAACCUAAAGGUUAAAGGAAAGUUGUUCUUAAACAUGUAAUCAGGGUAAGUGUAGUGGGACCUCAGGCUGCCCAAGGGUAGCAGCAAGAAGUGGACAUGAUGAUGGGGAUUAUUGGUGGUAGAUGCUGCCUUCCUGAGACAUACAUCAAGUAAUCUUGCAGGUGAUGGCAGUUCAGACAGUCAGGAAAUGUCUAGCUGAUGGGAUCCUUAUUUGUUUAUGAAAUAGAAAACAUCGACACAGCUCUGCCGAAGACUACAAGAACUUGUAGAACAUUGUGGAUGUUGACCCGUCACACUAGCCUCCUCCCACAUCGACUCCACCCAUAGUUCACAUGGCAUCAGGAAAGGAACCAACAUAAUCAAGGACCAUUCACACCUUGUUUAUUCUAUUCUUUCCCCUGCAACCACAGAGGAUGUAACACUUGUCCCUGUCCAUGUACCUCUUCCCUUGACUACGUCCAAGGACCCUGACAGUCUUUUCAGGUGAGGCAGAGAUUCAUUUGCACCUCCUCCAACCUUUUCUACUGUAUCCGCUGUUGCAGGUGUGGACUCAUAUUUAUCGACGAGACCAAGGCAGGCUCAGUGGUCAUUUGGCUGAACAUCUCCGCUCAGUCCGCUUAAACUUACCUGAUCUCCCAGUUACUAAACACUUUAUCUCCCCUUCCCAUUCCCAUAUUGACUUUUCUGUUCUGGGCCUCCUCCAUUGCAAUGUGGAGAAACAGCACCCCAUGUUUCGCUUGGGCAGCUUACACCCCAGAUGUAUGAAUAUUGACCUCUAACUUCAAGUAACCCUUGCUUUGUCUCUCUUUCCAUCCCUCCUCCUUCCUAAUUCUCCAAUCAGUCUGACUGUCGCUCUGAUUACAUUUUAUCUCUGUAUGCCUCAUUAUUACCUUCUCAUGUAAUUCCGGUCCUAAACUUACCCCCUUUAGUCUGGUUCAAUCAAACACCGAAUACGAGCACUGGAAAACCAACUUUCUUUGUAGUGCACCAUACCAGUACAAAUACAAUACCUGUUCCAACACUGCGAGACCGAUCCUUGCCUCUACUCACUUGAGCCCAACAGCCACGUGCAAAUAGAAACACCCCAGAAGAUCGACCCACCCUAAUCUGCUACCUACUCUUUUAUAGCCUUACAGAUCCUUGGCGUGAAAAUGCAUGGGGGGGCCAACCGCUACAAGACAAUUAUCGAUACGUGCUGCAAAAUACAUUGAAUGACUGUUCCCUAUCCCAAUCAUACAAUUGCGUGUAACAUAGUUUCAACACAAAGCACUUAGGGGGAAACGCUUCUGUUAAGUAAAUAAACAUUAUCCCCAAUUAUAAUAAACAUCUUUGGUGAGGCCCCUCUACUGGACCAAUCAUAAUUAGCAGUGAGAAGACUCUGCAACAUAAUUGUAUUCCAUCAUUUUCCCAACCAAUCCCAAGCAUGCAUUUGCAACAGGACCCAGCUCCUUCUGCAAAAUCUCAUACAUUUUAACAAUUACAGGCCAUCUGGACAUCAACCUCUAUUCAACCCCUUUGCAGGCCAGAGACUUUCUGGAGCCAUCUAUACCUCAUGGUUCUGCAGCUUUUUGUAAAAGAUGCCAAGCAGGUUUUACAGAUCUUUUAAACUGUCAUCCUCCAUCUUGUCAAGUACCCAAAAUGUCUGAUAUUAACAUUGCCCUCUUUUAUCACAUAUGAUAACAAACAAAGUAAAAUGACCAUAUAACAACCAUAUAACAAUUACAGCAUGGAAACAGGCCAUCUCGGCCCUACAAGUCCAUGCCGAACAAUUUUUUUUUUUUUCCCCCUUAGUCCCACCUGCCUGCACUCAUACCAUAACCCUCCAUUCCCUUCUCAUCCAUAUGCCUAUCCAAUUUAUUUUUAAAUGAUACCAAUGAACCUGCCUCCACCACUUCCACUGGAAGCUCAUUCCACACCGCUACCACUCUCUGAGUAAAGAAGUUCCCCCUCAUAUUACCCCUAAACUUUUGUCCCUUAAUUCUGAAGUCAUGUCCUCUUGUUUGAAUCUUCCCUAUUCUCAAAGGGAAAAGCUUGUCCACAUCAACUCUGUCUAUCCCUCUCAUCAUUUUAAAGACCUCUAUCAAGUCCCCCCUUAACCUUCUGCGCUCCAGAGAAUAAAGACCUAACAUAUUCAACCUAUCUCUGUAACUUAGUUGUUGAUACCCAGGCAAUAUUCUAGUAAAUCUCCUCUGUACUCUCUCUAUUUUGUUGACAUCCUUCCUGUAAUUGGGCGACCAAAAUUGUACACCAUACUCCAGAUUUGGUCUAACCAAUGCCUUGUACAAUUUUAACUUUACAUCCCAGCUUCUAUACUCAAUGCUCUGAUUUAUAAAGGCUAGCAUACCAACAGCUUUCUUUACCACCCUGUCUAUAUGAGAUUCCACCUUCAAGGAACUAUGCACGAUCCCUUUGUUCAACUGUAUUCUUCAAUUCCCUACCAUUUACCAUGUACGUCCUAUUUUGAUUUGUCCUGCCAAGGUGUAGCACCUCACAUUUAUCAGCAUUAAACUCCAUCUGCCAUCUUUCAGCCCAUUCUUCCAAAUGGCCUAAAUCACUCUGUAGACUUUGGAAAUCCUCUUCAUUAUCCACAAUACCCCCAGGAUAAAUGUGAGGUUAUCCACUUUGGUAGCAAAAACAGGAGGGCAGAUUACUAUCUAAAUGGUGUCAAGUUAUGGAGAAGGGGAAGUACAACGGGAUCUGUGGGUCCUUGUACAUCAGUAUAUGAAAGUAAGCAUGCCGGUACAGCAGGCAAUGAAGAAAGUGAAUGUUGGCCUUUAUAACAAGAGGAAUCGAAUAUAGGAGCAAAGAGGUCCUUCUGCUGUUGUACAGAGCCCUAGUGAGACCACACCUGGAAUAUUGUGUACAGUUUUGGUCCCCUAAAGAGGAAGGACAUUCUUGCUAUUGAGGGAGUGCAGCGUAGGUUUGCAAGGUUAAUUCCCGGGGUGGCGUGACUGUCAUAUGCUGAUAGAAUGGAGCAGCUGGGCUUGUACACUAUCGAGUUUAGGAUGAGAGGUGAUCUCAUUGAAUCAUAUAAGAUUGUUAAGGAUUUCGACACGCUAGAGGCAGGAAACAUGUUCCCGGUGUUGGUGGUCCAGAACCAGGAGUAAGCCAUUUAGAACGGAGAUGAGGAAACACUUUUUCUCACAGAGAGGCGGGUUUUCUGGAUGCUUUCAAGAGAGAGCUAAAUAGGGCUCUUAAAAAUAGCAGCGUCAGGGGAUAUGGGGAGAAGGCAGGAAAUGGGUACUGAUUGGGGAUGAUCAGCCAUGAUCACAUUGAGUGGCGGUGCUGAUUCGAAGGGCCAAAUAGCCUAUUCCUGCACCUAUUGUCGAACACUGUCCAGCACCAGGCCAUGGCAAGAGAGCUUUUAUUCGCGGCACGGUGCAGCUAUCUUUUUGUAGUCGGAGUGAUGCAUCCAUUAGUAAUUGCAUGUAUGUUAUCAAUCGUUCAUCCAAGGCAUGGAGAUCAUAGGUUGUCUCCACAACUUCUUCCGCCCCCCAGGGAGUCCUGAGAGGCCUCCCAUAAUUACUUCAGCUGGGGUCAAUUGAGUAGUAGAAUGGCGAGUCAUAUGCAUAGCAAAUAAAGCCAUAGGCAAAACCUGGACCCAGUUAAGCUUUGUCUCUUCAGUUAGUUUAGCAAGCUUGCUUUUUAAAGUUCCAUUAGCUCGCUCCACAAUUCCUGCAGCCUGCGGAUGGUGUACACAGUGAAAUUAUAUCACUCCUCGACUGAAAAGAUCUAAGCAAUGUUCUAGGUAAGUCGACAAAAUAAAUUUGAAUUCACUGGAAAGGCCGAUGCGGUAAUGGCUCGUUUUCACGGGGCGACUUGACGCAAGAUGUAGCCAGAGUGGAGUGGUCGUGGUCUAGCACGAUAUCACACGAUAUAACGGGGGUAGAGUAAAGAGUUCCCACGGUACUCGGCAAUUCUGUCAUUUGUGCGAGUGACUUGUCCGUCUCCCGAUCUUUCCCGAAUGAACAUCGUGGACUGUAGUGUAGUUAAUCACGUGGCACAAAUGAUGUUACUUUGUUGUCACACACUCUAUUCGUUUUUUUCACCCGAGUUCUUUAAUGAGCUGAAGAAUAAUCUGUGUUUUUUUAGACAAAUGUUGUUUGGUGUGAUGCACCUUCUCUCAAUAUGUGCAAGAAGUCGUCUUUUUAUUUUGUCAAAUAUGAAUAAAGACUGUAUCUCACAUUGACCGUGAUUAUUGUGUUAUUUUAUGAUCUACUGAGAGGUGAAACUUUCAGUCUGAAGAAACUUUCAGCCCGAAACGCCACCCGUUCCUUCUCUCCAGAGAUGCUGCCUGUCCCGCUGAGUUGCUCCAAGCAACUGGUGUCUAUCUUCAAAGGACUGACCAGGACUGCCUCUCUCUCUCUCUCU